UGAACUGAACCGAACAGCCCGUCAACGCCGGUGACGUCGCAGUUCAGGUGGGGCCGCGAAGGCUCGCGUGCAGGAGGGCGCGCGAGUGACUGGAGAGGCAACAUGUCCGCCGCAGCCGCCGCGCAGCAGAACAACAACGAGGAGCCCGGGCUGAACGGCUCGUGGGUGGAGUUGGAGUUGAAUGGGAACACAGGGCCUGUGUCCCAGCAGCUGACCCCCAGCCUGGCCUCCUCUGCAAGCAAUGGAAAUGAAGGCGAGGCUUCAGCUCCCCUGCAGGCUGUGCAGGAAGUGGAGGAGGAGAGCCUGGCUGGCGGCCUUGAGCAUGUCCCUUCAUCCUCUUCCAUCCAUAAUGGAGACAUGGAGAAGAUCCUGCUGGAUGCUCAGCAUGAGUCCAGCCCCAGCAGCUCCUCCUGUAACAGUCCUCCCCGACCCCACAGUCCUGAACAUGAUGAGGGUCUGAUCACAUUUGAUGUGGAGAUGCCCAGUGAGAGAGAUUGUCAGUCAGAUGACGACAGCCUGGAGAAGGACAGAGAGGACGACAUCCUCAUGAAUAAAGGCGAGAGCUGGGUGGCAGACUGGUCCAGUCGACCUGAAAAUAUACCUCCCAAGGAGUUCCAGUUCCGACACCCAAAGCGUUCCGGUUCAGUCUCUCUGAGUAUGAGAAAGACUGGUGCCAUGAAGAAAGGAGGGGUCUUCUCAGCUGAGUUCCUCAAAGUGUUCAUACCCUCUCUGCUGCUCUCUCACAUUCUCGCCCUGGGACUGGGGGUCUACAUUGGGAAAAGGCUGACCACACCUUCCACCAGUUCAUUUUAAGCCCAAACUCAUACCAGUGCCUGGAAAUUCCAUCUGACGAAGUUGUGUCCAAACACCUCUAACUUGUUUGUUAGAUACUCUCUCUCCUUCUCUGCCUCGUCCUCUUCUCCCCAUACACUUUCUCUCUCUCUCAACUUCCCACUCAUGUUUCUCGUGUUUAUGACCUAUCACCAGAAGAAGCUGGGAGAUCUAUUUGUCAAUCUAGUCUUGUGUUGAUGUUUUACUUUGCAUCUUAUGCUGUGGGUAACUUAGUUGUUUUAGGUGUUUCAUCUUGCUUUCCUGUUUUAACAUGUAAUUAGUACUUAUUAACUGACCUUUCUUCCUUUCUUUUACACUGGUAUGCAAGGCAGACAGGGGUAACACCUGUGGUUCCCAAAACCUACACAGCAACUACUACUACAACCACCAGCACAUUACCAAACUGUCACUUUUUAUCUUCACAGUGUGCUUUGUACCUAUGAUACAGGUUUGGUAGUCUUGUUAGGUUUAGUAGUGCAUAAGAUUGUGAAUGGAUGAUCUUGCAGUUGCAUUUGGAACUUGCCUAGAAUAUUCAGUACUCAGCUCCCCUUUAUUUUCCUUUUAAGCGCCUUUAGACAAAGAGAUUGUGUUCUGUAAAGCCAACCAAUUAAGAUAGCUGUGCCAUCUUUGGAGCGAAUCUACUCCCAGCAUGUAGUUUAAUUCUGGUCUUAAAACUGUGGUCUCAAGUCAAGUCUUAAUUUAAUCACUCCCAAUACAAAUGUGUCCUCCAGGAAAGACAAAAAGGCACACACAUUUAUUUUUUAAAUUAUUACUUUGGUACACUUUAUUAAGCGUACCUUAAAACUGAGAGCUUUAUGUAGACUGUUAAAAGCAGCUUUACCUGAACAUGGUGAUUCACCAGAAUCAAAUGCUCUCUGCUUUACAUAGCAUCAUGUUAGCUUGUAUUAGUUAUAUGCUGAGACAACUUCUUGACCACUCCAUGACUCUGGAGUACAGGUCAGUUUUCUCAGCAUUUCCUCACACCAGCAGGAAGAAGCUUACAAUCCGGAAGUGAGCCUCAUUUGGUAGGGAACUGGAGCUCCACUCUCAGAUUUUCCAAAAUGGAACAAACUUUUGUAUUUUUGGGGGAAAUAUGCUUUAGGUAUAGACAAAGAAAGGUUGUUUUGUAAAAGAGAUAAGCGAGGAGAGAAACUGAGGACGUAGGAGUUAUUGGGGAAAUUGUUGACAUGCAUUUCCUCCCGUUGGAUACAACCUUGGAUGAGUGAUAUUAAUGAAGUUCACUCCUGGUCAUCGCAAAAAUAGGCGGCGGAAUUGAUGAGCCUUACCUUCCACAUGCAAAUAGAGGACUCAGGUAACGUUUGAUAGGUUAAUCAUGGUACCACUCAGUGGAAUGUGUGCACACUCUUCCUAAUUUUAAGAUACCUGACUGGUUAAACAGUACUGCAGAUGCAACAUACGUAAUACGUACUUGCCUUGGAUGCAUAUCAUGCUGUCCUGGCCCAAUCUCACAGAAACAACAUACUAUGCUUCUUAGUGCCAAAGGGUCUCCACUGUGACGCUUAUAUCUGUAAGGCCCGACGUCAACACACAUUCACAGUACAUCUUACAUUCAAAAACCCUUCAGUCUCGUAUCAUUUUGACAUCAAACAUCAUGUAAGGCUUUUUGGUUUUGUUGUGAUGGCCCAUUCAUUUUGUUGUGUGGAAUGUGAAGCACUUCUGUAACCAUUUGUCAUAUAGCAAUGUACGUCAAAUGUAGGUAUGUUUUUUCCUUCCCUUAGAAUUCACGAUUUUCAGUGUUCGAAGGUACAGCCAGUGUUUCCUGCUUUGUGUGACUUAAUUUAAAUACCAUGGUUGUCAGGACAAAGUUCUGCCGUAGUGAUCUUUUUAUGAUUCCUAGCCAAGGUGUAAUGCUAAGAUCCUUAAGAUCUUAUACGCUUACAUUGAUAUGUCAUUGAAUAUCAUAUAUUACAGAUGACAAUAUGUAGUUUUGUUUUCUAUAUUUACAAAAAUCACUGAUUUUGACCGUCUGAAGGUUUAGAAGAUGACUGUUCAAAAGAUUAAGGCUCUUUGACAUCACAUUGUACCCUCUAAUGUAUGUGCUGGGUAGAUCUCGUCAGUUCAAAGCUUUUACCUCAGUCGUUUUCCCCCCUCAGCAUCAGCCACAACAAAUACAACUGUGACAACAACAUGGCCCAUCAUUACUCUGCACUGCCAUGAUCCCUCGCACGUUUGUUCUGGUCCUGAGGGGGUGCGGCUGACAUGAGAGGCGCCUCAAGCUUUCACACCUAUUUUGUCUCCCGUUGCAUGAAUACGAUGUUUCUAGCUUUGAAUCUGCUUUGGACGAUGGAACUGUUCCUUGAAGUGGGACAAAGAACUGUGAAUGAAAAAAAAAAGUUGUAGCUUAUUACAGUGAGAUAAACUAGGCCUGCCCUGUCUCGAAAGGGUGGAAUUACUAUAUUGUACAAUUUACGCACAUUAUUUUUUUCUCUUUCUUUUUUGUUUUUGCUUAGCUCAUCAGUAGAGCGACUGGAAUAUGUUCAGAUUGGAGGGCGGGGCCCUCAUGGUUGGCAUCCCCUGGCUGUGUUUUAUUUGAAUUCAUGGUAGCUAUGGAAGUAAUAAAGCAAAAUCUUUUAGUUUCUUUUAUUUUUCACGUAUUGGAGAAAGCAGACAUUAAAGAAUUCCAAAUACAACCCAA